AAAAUGAAGUUCUGUCCUUUCGUGACUUCUGACCAGAGCAAGGACUGUAAGAGGCAUCUCAAUGCACCUUCCCACAUUCGUAGGAAGAUUACGCCUUCCCCUCUUUCCAAAGAGCUGAGACAGACGUACAGUGUGAGAUCCCUGCCCUUCCAGAAUGACAAUGAGGUUCAGGUGGUGAGAGGUCACUACAAAGGUCAACAAAUGGGCAAAUUCAUCCAGGUUUACAGGAAGAACUAUGUCAUCCACAUUGAACGAGUCCAGUGGGAGAAGGCCAAUGGCACAACUGUCCAUGUGGGCAUUGACCCCGGGAAGGUGGUCAUCACCAGACUGAAAGUGGACCAAGAUCGCAAAAAGAUCCUUGAACGCAAGUCUCACCAAGGAGGAAAGGAGAAGGGAAAAUAUAAGGAAGAAGCACUUGAUAAGAUGCAGGAAUAA